AUGCCUACCAGACCUAAUUCUACAAGAAUCCUGUCAGAGACAAGCAAACCAGAAAAAGUUCCCAUCUAUGUGCCUAACAUCCAAGAGCCAACAAGCAGAGCUGAGCUCAUUAAGUACUGGUUUAAUUUGACUUUGGAUGACAAGACUGCCAACAAGAUGUUGUGGAUUUCUGACAGUGGGUCUAAGGUGUGUCGUAGAACUGAGGAGAUUUGUCCUGUCCUGGAUAGACCAGAAAGAUAUGAGUGCUCUCCACAGGUGGUUUGCAAAGAGGGGAUUUGGAAGAUGAGGACUUACUGGGAAGUGGACUACUCAGGCUGGGUGGUAAUUGGAGCCACCUAUGAAGGAGCAGGAAGGAGGUCAGACUCUGGGCCAAGCGGCCUCGGAGAAAAUGAGGAGUCCUGGGGUCUGUGCUGGUCAGGAACACGUUACCAGAUUUGGUUUAACGGGGUCAACAAAGAUAUAUACGAUGUCCCAUAUUGCUCAACUAUUGGGGUUUACAUCGACCAGCCUGCAGGCAUUAUAAGUUUUUACACUGUAACUGGUGAGGGUGCAGAGAGGGAGGUUAAACUGUUGCACAGGGUAAAGACUACGAUUGAGAAGAAGAUUCUUCCAGGUUUCUGGAUGGGAAUUCAAUCCACUCACCAGAUCUCAAUCCAACUGAACACCUACAGGAGACUUUGGACUGAUAUGUUAGACAGCAUUGUUCUGGCUGCUGUUCUGAUCUACUUCAUACCUGGCUGUUGUGUCAAAACCUGGUUCACUGAGAAAGGAGCCACAGUCUCAGAUCCCAGACACUCCAAACCUGCAGGGGGCAACCACAUCAGUGGUGGAACCCCAGGUAAGAGGAAGGAAGUGCCUGAGGGAGCACAUUCACCUGCGCACCCAUACAGGAAGCAUGGUCUGAAAUGUUUGGAGCUGGCUCAGUCAGCUGUCUUGCCUGCUCCUGGAGACACCUCACAGCCACAGCUCCUGAUUGACCAUUGA